UCGCUCAAUCAUUCGCAUUUAGACUGGAAGAUGGACAAUGCCGCAUUCGAAGACAGCUUCGCGAGCGCAACACACCCUACAUCACCGUUCUACAGGCGUGGUAAGUCUUUUGACAGGAGCGUGGUCCGUGGCCGUGCCGCCAUGGUAUGCCUGCACGAUGCGAUGCUGAACAUGGGACAAGAGAGCUACGAUGUCUUGGGAACCGAGAGCUCAUUCAGGUAUAUCACUGUGGUAAUGAGCUCUCAGAUCGAUCCGUAGAGCUCUUGUUCAGUCUGGACAAUCGCGUGGAACUCGUGGAUGUGUGCUCUGAUCUCUAGUCUCGUGGCAUCAUAUCGAAAGAAAUGGCUUCAAAGUUUCGAAGCUGGUGGAUCAAGCCGCUUGCGAUGUAUUACACGGAUGUCCGCCAUGUAAUGCUGCUAGACGUAGAUGACGUCAUCUUGAAAGACCCUGCUAUUGUGCGUAGUCUUGAUGGGUACGUGAAGACUGGCACAACGUUCUUUUACGACCGAGUCAUCACCCAGAGGCGCUUCUUGACUGGCAAUGAUUCUGGGGAGAUGUACGUGCACAAGCUGUUACGCGAAUUCGACUACGCCAGAUUCAACGUAUCGAAGGGGCUCGCUCCUUCGCAGCAAAUGCUCAAUACAUUUGCUUACAGAGGCAAGUCCAUUCAUGAGAUGGACUCGUCAAUGGUGCUGAUUGACAAGAAGCGCGCAGGAAAAACUGUCAUGGACAUUUUGUUUUGGUUUAUCACGGAGGAACGCUUUCGCUUUACGUAUUCGUGGGGAGAUAAGGAGACUUUCUGGCUAGCAUUCGAGAUGGCACGUGCGCCAUACUUUUUCACACCGUGGGGGUACAUGCCAGUCCAGGGCUCUGACGAUGAGGAGGCUGAGAUUUUGUACAUGAACGGCAAGGCACUGAUCGAUCCGUAUCCGCAAGGCAUCGGAUUUAUCCAGAAAGCCAAGCAGAACAAUUUAUUCAACACUGUUCCAACGCACAUGACACCACGCCAACAGCGGAGACAGAUUGACAAGGCGGGAUAUCCAGGCAAAAAGUUUAACACCGAGUGUCUGGUCGGGAUGGGGGCUACACCUUUGCCAGAGUAUUUCUCGCAGAAUCUAUUGCGUCGCCGGCAUCGCCAUGGGUGUUCUGGGCUCAUUACAGCAUUGUGA